AUGGCCCAGAGAGUUGUGAAGAUCGCUAAAACUCUGAGAAAUAAUUGGAAAAAGACCACGUUUUUUGUAUUGGUGGGUUCAUAUGGAAUUUAUUACGUGAGAGACAGAAUAAAAGCAAAUGAAAUACGAGCAGAUUAUUGUAAACAAGCAGUAAUAUAUGGGGAAGAAACCAUUCAAACUGUGAGCAAACCAAGAAACGUAACAAUCAUAUUAAAUCCUGCUGCCAGAAAGGGGAAAGCUAAAAAGCUUUUUGAGAAGAAUGCUGCUCCUCUGUUGCAUCUAGCUGGUAUCAAUGUAGAAAUAAUUAAGACUGAAUUUGACGGCCAUGCUAAAGACUGUGCUGGAGCGUUGGAGUCCACCGACGCAUUGGUGGUUGCUGGUGGAAACGGUACCGUAGGAGAGGUUAUAACCGGCCUGCUUAGACGAAGUGAUCAACAAUCAGUCACCAAGAACUGGCCAAUAGGAUUCAUCCCUAUCGGUUUCACGAAUACAUUAGCAAAGUUUCUGUAUUUAGAUUCGGAAUUUGAAGUCAGGUAUGUAGUAACAAAAUAUUCCAAAAUUGAUAUUUCAAGACUAAUUUACUUUGAAGUAACAUUUUAUGAUAUGGGAUUCAGACUCGAUUUAUUGCUAUUACAAAGUGAUAGGUCGGUGUAUGGAUUGUCCAAGUUGGAAUGGGGCGAAUACAGAAAUGUACGAGAUAGAAUUCCCAAGUAUUGGUACUUAGGACCACUAAAGUCCAAAUUUGCAUAUGUUUUUGCAACUGUUCAGGAAUGGCCACCUGUAUUUAAAGCUCAUCUUGCAUAUCGUCCACCUGUAGAUGUUCCUGAAGAACCAGAGGUUAAUCAACAGCAGUAUAGUUUCUUUAGUCGCUUAUUCUCUUGGAUUUGGAGAACAGAGCAAAAAGAACCAGAAAUUGAAGAAGUUGAGGAGAUACCUUGGAAAGAGGUUGAUGUAUCAACGCUUGAGUUCUCUGCUGAAACACAUAAUGAUAAUGUAGAAAAUGCUUUAAAGACUACUAGAAGCAUGAGCAUAGAGACCCUGCCAACUGACAUCACAAAAACAGGCUUCAUCAAAGAAGGUUGGAGAAGAGUAUCUAAGGCAAAAGACAAUAAAUCUGAGAUCCAAAGUGAAACAUUGCAAGUUGGUGAGUUUAAGUUGACACCAGUGGAGCCAGAGGCCAGCUUCUUCAGCAUUGAUAAUGAACAGUUUGAUGCAUACCCGGUACAUGUUAAAAUUCUUCCAAAUAAAUUGAGGUUUUUCAUCAAUGAGGAAACAAAUCAGACAAGGUGACCAUGGAAAAAUGCAGAUAGUAAACAACAAAGAUUGACGUACUCUGGGUCAGCUGUGCUCACAAUGCUAAUGACAUGG